AUGAUGACGAUGAUGAUGCAGAUUAGGCCACAUAUUGCCAUAUCACGUCUCAUGGUGGUGGUAGGAGCCGUGGUGCUGCUGCUGCUGCUGCAGGGCCGUUCAGCUGAGGCGCAGCCCUCUCCCGGCUACUACCCGAGCUCCAAGGUGAGCUCCAUGCCCUUCUCGCAGUGGUACAACAACCUGUGGGGCGCCCAGCACCAGUCCCUCUCCCCGGACCAGACCGCCCUCACCCUCUGGAUGGACCGCAGCUCAGGGAGCGGAUUCAAGUCGAAGCGGUCGUACCGGAACGGCUACUUCGGCGUCUCCAUGAAGGUCCAGCCCGGCUACACCGCCGGCGUCAACACCGCCUUCUACCUGUCGAACAACGAGGUGUACCCGGGGUACCACGACGAGAUCGACGUGGAGCUGCUGGGCACUGUCCCCGGCGAGCCCUACACGCUGCAGACCAACGUGUACGUCCGCGGCACGGGGGACGCCCACCCCAUCGUCGGUCGGGAGAUGCGGUUCCACCUCUGGUUCGACCCGGCCGCCGCCUUCCACCACUACGCCGUGCUCUGGAACCCCGACGAGAUCGUCUUCCUCGUCGACGACGUGCCCGUGCGCCGCUACCAGAAGAAGGUGGAGGCCACGUUCCCCGAGCGGGAGAUGUGGGCCUACGGCUCCGUCUGGGACGCCUCCGACUGGGCCACCGACGGCGGCCGCUACAAGUCCGACUACCGCUACCAGCCCUUCGUGUCCGGGUUCAAGGACUUCAAGGUCGCCGGCUGCGAGGUCGGCGCACCCGCGUCGUGCGGCCCCGUGCCGGCCGGGCCCGGUGGCGGGCUCAGCCCGCAGCAGAGCGCCGCCAUGAGCUGGGCGCAGCAGCGGGCCAUGGUCUACUACUACUGCCAGGAUAGCUCCAAGGACCGCUCCAACUACCCCGAGUGCUAG